GCUGACGCCCAUCACCGUGGCAGACCUCAGCAGCUCCAAGACGGAGGACGAGGCCACACUGAAGGCGGCUGCAGACGCCCCGCAGAAGAUCUCAGAUGCGCGCCAGAAAGCUGCCGCGCUGGUCAAGGCCUCUCUGGCCCAACUGCAAAUGGAGAGCCCUCAGUCUGAAGAUGCGCUCAAGAACGCCAAGCAAGCCUUGGCGAGCUUUCGCGAGCUCAAUGCGCCCGAGGGCGAAGCCACAGCUCUUCGGGCUGUGGCCGUGGCUUCCCUUGGGGUUGAUGCCUUCGGAGCUCUCCAGGCGGCGAACCAGUCACUGAAGACCUUCAAGGAGAUCGGCCAUGGUAAGGGCCAAGUGGCUGCCAUUCACAGCAUCGCCCUGGCACAUCUCGGGAAGGACAGCACUGAUGACUGCGUUUUCCGGGCAGCUGAAGGCCUGAAGCUAUCUCGACAGAUCGGAGACAGGAUGAAGGAAUACGCAAUCCUGACUACCAUCGUGGAGGCCUACCUCAUCCAGGGAGACGGCAAGCAUGCUCUUGCAACAGCAAAGGAGGCUCUCGAAGUUGCAAGGGGCCUCGGGGAGAAGCUUCUGGAGGCCAAGGCGCUUUGCUUGGUGGCCAAGGGCGCUGGUCUGUGCUCAGCUGCUGAGUCAGCUGCAGGCUUUGCUGCUGGGCAAGAGGCGCUCAAGCUGUAUCAGAGCCUCGGACUCAAGUCCAAG